UACCCUUCAUUUUCCUUGCGCUUUAACGACGAGAGAGAAGGUAGAAGUACAGCAUAUGGGUUAGGUGUUGUUGCGUCAUACGUCACCCGAGGCAGUUUUUCCGGAUUCUGGAGAACGUGAACGUGAAGAUCGCUCUAUCUCUCUCCGAUUACCUUUCGUUUCAAUCUCACCAUUUUUUCUCUAACCAUAUUUCCAUCACUUCCAGUUCCAGGUUCAGUUUUAAAUGGCUAAGGUUGGUAAGAUGCGUUGCAAGUCCCGUUCUCGAGGUCAAAGGGAAACCCCAUAUCUUUUAUCUUGUGCAAAAAAAAAAAUGAAAAAUGUUAAGAGCUUUUCUAAAGAGGUUGAAAAGAAAGACUGGAAAGGUGCUACCUGCUCAGUCUGUAUGGAGAGUCCCCAUAAUGCUAUCCUACUCCUCUGUUCAUCGUAUAACAAGGGCUGUCGCCCUUAUAUGUGUGCUACUAGUCGUCGCUAUUCUAACUGUUUUGAACAGUAUAAAAAGGCGUACACAAAAGCAACUUCUGUUAGUUCGCAGCAAUUAACAGACUAUUCGACUUUUGAUUCUAGUGCUGGUGAACACAGUGCCAAUACAAAAGCUCCCGAGCUUCUUUGUCCCCUUUGCCGCCGGCAGGUGAAAGGUUGGACCGUGGUUGAAGCAGCUCGGAAGUCUUUGAAUGCCAAGAAAAGAAGCUGUAUGCAAGAUGACUGCUCUUUUGUGGGGAGUUACAAGGAGCUUAGGAAACAUGUUAGAUCUAAGCAUCCAUAUUCGCGACCACGGGAAGUGGACCCUGUACGAGAAGAAAAAUGGAAAAGACUCGAGUGUGAACGAGAACGGAGUGAUGUGAUCAGCACAAUUUUGUCUUCAACACCAGGGGCUAUGGUACUGGGGGAUUAUGUGCUCGAGCCAAAUGAUCAUGCAUUUUACAGCGAUGAGACUGAUUCUGAUUCUGAUGAUGAAUUUCGGGAAGAUGAUGGUGAUUUCUUCUCAAUGAUUGGCGGAACUGGCAGCUUUUUGUCAAACAUCAGGUAUAAUCAGGGUCAUGGUGCAGAUUCUUUUGGUUUCCGUAGAGCACCUAUAGAUUCUGCUGCUUUGUCUGGACGGGGCCUCCACAGGAUAGUGUUGGGCUCUAGAAGACGAGGGAGGCACAGGAUGUUUGCAAGGAGAGGGCAUAUAAAUUAAUAGAGGAAAACUAUUGAAAUGUGGGGAAGGAGACACUCAUCUUCAAUAUUACAUGAAUGGCCUUGACGUGGCUUGUUUUGUUGCUAUGCCAGAGCAUUAAUUUAUUUAAUUGGGAGAGUAAAGCGAUUGGCCCUCUUUCUAGCCGUGUACCAUCCUCACUUGUAUCUGCAGUUAUUUUCCUUGUUUUCAGUUUUCAAAUAGACUGUACAAAAGGCAAAUUUAGAAUGCUCGUUGCCUCUUUUAUUUCUAGGUUUAGGAGAUUCAGGUCAUAAUUAUUGUCAUUGGGUCAUGCAAAUUGGUGAAUUUAAUUGAACAGGUGAUCAGGGACAUCGAGGAUGUCUCAAAUAAUUUUAUUUUGAAAA